AACAAAAGUUUGUAAGUUGAGGACUACCUGUAAAUGCUUUUUGCUUUGCCUGAAUUUAUUUAGUGUUUCAUAUUUUUCAGGUGAGCAAAGAAGUCCCCUUUGCAAGUUGGAUAAAUUGUGAACAGAAAGCUUGGAAGAUGCCAGGAAUAAUUAAAGUUCCUGAUGGUUGUCAUUGCUUCACUUCUGAGACCACAAGUACAUCUUUGAGAAGCUCUGAUGCAGAAUAUGCGUGGAAUGCUGGUAAAAACCAAGGGCUCGUACUCAAGUGCCAAAAAUUCACUGUAGCAGUUGCUGCUGCUGUCGUCGUUGUAAUUGUAGCUUUGAUCACUGUUACAAUUUCAUUGGCUGUUUUAAGCACAAAACCAUAUCUACCAUGCCUUCCCAUUGAAAGUGCUGCCUGCCCUGAUUCCUGGAUUGGAUAUAGAAGGAAAUGUUUCUAUGUAUCAAAAGAAGAAAGGAAUUGGUCUCUCAGUUUAAACACCUGUUCUUCACUUAAUGCAUCCUUGGCUGUGUUUGAUACACAGAAGGAAUUGGAUUUUUGGGUGGAAAUUUUCAGUCCCUUGCAUUAUUGGUUUGGUCUCUCAAGAGAAAUUAGCCAGGUCUGGAAAUGGUUCGAUGGUACAGAGUUUAAAAACCAUGGGAGUCCUCACAAUCAAAAAGCCCUCACAGUCACAAAGGCCUCAUAGUCACAAAGUGCUGUGUUUCUUCAAUGCUGCCCACAGCAGGAACCUCAUCACAAGACUAGAAAACACACCUACUCACCAAAACAUACUAAACGAGUCCUACUAAUCAUUCCACCACAAUAUCCUUAGCACACAUGUGAUCCAAACUAGUGUGCACCCUGCUUGCAAAAUAAAGCCCCCACACGCAGAACCCCUGCACAGUCCAGUGAUGGCAAACCUUUUCGGCACAGAGUGCCAAAAAGAGAGCAUGUGCGCGUACACGAGGAGCUGCCCAGGGAGCAUACGCAUGCUGGAAAAUGAACUUCCGUUUCCUGCACUCCGGUUACUGCCGCGCAUGUGCAUGUGACAAUCAGCUAGCCGGCGCCCAUGUUCAUGCCAGAAAACCAAAAACCUGCUCUUCCAGUUUCUGGCACUGCCACACACAUGAAGGCAAGCUGAUCAUUGCGUGCGCAUGCGUGCCAGAAACCCAGAAGAGGAAUGGGCGAUGCAGGGUGUACCAGACGGCGUGGCCCCAUAUGCUACUUCGAACAUGUAUGUCAUAGGUUCACCAUCACGGCUCUAGUCUCUCCAAAGCAAAGCUGUUGUUGGAAGACAAUUAAUCUUCAGGCAAAGGAACCUGGCAUGCUUCUACCCAAGCCUCAAAAUGCAACUCCACUGAAUCUCAGCCAUGAAAUACAGGUAGUCCUCAACUUACAGCAGUGACCAUUCAA